CCAGUUUCUUACCGGCAGUGUAACAACUCGGUCGAGCGUGUUUCCCGGGCGAUCGCUCGAGACCUCCCUGUGUGUCUGUGUGUGUGUGUGUGUGUGCGUACACCUACCGGAUCGCGAUCAUUCCACACGCCCGUGAUCCGCAGCGUGUUAGUGCUCGCGUCUUUCAAUCGAAGUUCGGGGAUUUAUUUUCACGCCUGACCGAGCCGGUGGUGUGCGAAAACAUUGACCGUAUCGGGUUUCGGUGGUAGUGUUUGAUUUAGGCUGUUUUUUUCGGAGCAAACAGCAAACAUGACCCCUAUCUCCAAAGCAUUGAUGGUCGCAUUCGCGAUCGUUGGCCUUGCCCAGGGACAGCAACCGAUCGACAAGAUCUUCUUCCCCGAGAAUGACACCAUCCUGAACUUUGCCAACCGGGUGGGCGAGAGCGACAACAGCGGCUUCCAGGCUGGCCAGCCCGAUCCGCUGGACGCGAUUGUACCGACCGUGCGGCCACAGACGCUGCUGACGGCGCAGGGCGAACGGUGCACCUGCGUGCCGUACUUUACCUGCCAGCCGCCACCCGAGUUUGCCGAGCAGAAUAAAUUCAACGAGAUUAACGUCAACUACAAUCCCGAAAGCUGCCAGGACGUGCUGGACGUGUGCUGCCGCGAUGCCGACUCGCUGGUCGUGCCGAUGAACAAUACGCCCGGGGAGCCACCGGUUGGAAGGCCACGUGGCUGCGGGCUGCGCAACAUUGGCGGUAUCGAUUUCACCUUGACCGGCAACUUUAACAAUGAAGCCGGUUUUGGCGAGUUCCCGUGGACCGUGGCCAUCAUCAAAACGCAGGACGGUAGCAGCACCUGCGGCGGUUCCCUCAUCCACCCGAACCUCGUGCUGACCGGUGCGCACUGCGUGCAGGGCUUCCGCAAGGGCCAGCUGAAGGUGCGGGCCGGCGAGUGGGACACGCAAACGACCAAGGAGCGGCUGCCGUACCAGGAGCGGGCGGUGACCCGUGUCAACAGCCAUCCCGACUUUAAUCCGCGCAGUCUCGCCAACGACAUCGCGGUGCUCGAGCUCGACUCGCCCAUCCAGCCGGCGGAACAUAUUAACGUGGUCUGCCUGCCGCCGGUUAACUUCGAUACGCGCCGCACCGACUGCUUCGCGAGCGGCUGGGGCAAGGACCAGUUCGGCAAGGCGGGCCGGUACAGUGUGAUCAUGAAGAAGGUGCCGCUGCCGCUGGUGCCCUCGUCGACCUGCGAGCGGCAGCUGCAGGCGACGCGCCUCACGUCCCGCUUCCGGCUGCACCAGACGUUCAUCUGCGCCGGCGGUGAGCGCGGCGUGGACACGUGCGAAGGUGACGGUGGCGCACCGCUCGUCUGCCCGAUCGGGGCGGCCAGCGAGAAUCGGUACGCGCAGGUCGGCAGCGUCGCGUGGGGCAUCGGGUGCCACGACGCCGUGCCCGGUGUGUACACGAACGUGAUUCUGUUCCGGUCGUGGAUCGACAACGUGGUGCGGACGCUUGGGUUCGACACGACCGUGUACGAUGCGACCCAGUCUGCCUUUUCGAGCCUGUUUGCUUGAAUUCGCCCAUGAUUCGGUUUAGUGUACGGUCACACUGUAAUACAGUUUAAUAAGAGAAUAGAAAUAAAUAAGUCGCAAAAGCUAA